GUGCACUUCAAAUAUUGUGUACCUCUUUCAACCUCUCUUCUUCCCCACCCCUUUAUCUUUUAGCUACUAAGGUUUAAACCCUAGCCGAUAUCACUUUUUUUCACCCUUUUAAAUCUUCUUUUAUUUCCAAAACGUACCUCCUCUUCCUCAAAAAGAAUAGUCACAUUUUUACUUCAUAUACUUUGGCUCAAUGAACUCAAACAACUGGCUUUCCUUUCCACUUUCUCCAACUCAUCAUUCUUCAAUACCACCUCAUCUUCAAACAACUCAUGAAUCUCAUCACUUUUCACUUGGAACAUUAGUCAAUGACACCAUGGAAAACCCUUUCCAAAAUCAUGAUUGGAAUCUGAUUAACAGUGAUAGCUGCAACGAAGUUCCAAAGGUUGCAGAUUUUCUUGGUGUGAGCAAGACAGAAAAUGAUGAGUCAGAUCUUGCAGCCUAUAAUGAAAUGAAUAACUCAAAUGAUAAUUCAGAGAAUUACCUAUUCAUGCCGGUACAAAACUCAAUGAUAGCAACUUGUUCAAGCAAUUAUGAAUAUCAAGAAAAUGGUAACAAUAAUCUUCAGUCAUUGACAUUGUCAAUGGGAAGUGGUAAGGAUUCAACAUGUGAAACCAGUGGUAGUGGUGGUCGUGAUAAUAAUACUAAUAACACCGUUGAAGCAGUUGCACCUAGAAGAGCUUUGGAUACCUUUGGACAAAGAACUUCAAUAUAUCGUGGUGUAACAAGACAUAGAUGGACUGGAAGGUAUGAAGCUCAUCUUUGGGAUAAUACUUGUAGAAGGGAAGGACAAUCAAGAAAAGGUCGGCAAGUCUAUUUAGGUGGGUAUGACAAAGAAGAGAAAGCAGCAAGGGCCUACGAUUUAGCAGCACUAAAAUAUUGGGGGACAUCUACCACUACAAAUUUUCCCAUCAGUAACUAUGAGAAGGAAAUUGAAGAUAUGAAGCACAUGACAAGACAAGAAUUUGUUGCCGCCAUAAGAAGAAAGAGCAGUGGAUUUUCAAGGGGUGCUUCAAUGUAUCGUGGAGUCACAAGGCAUCACCAACAUGGGAGAUGGCAAGCAAGAAUUGGCAGAGUUGCAGGAAACAAAGAUCUCUAUUUAGGAACUUUUGGGACUGAGGAAGAGGCUGCAGAAGCUUAUGACAUAGCUGCAAUAAAGUUCAGAGGUUUAAACGCAGUGACAAAUUUUGAUAUGACUCGUUAUGACGUGAAAUCAAUUCUUGAAAGUAACACUCUUCCAAUAGGAGGAGGUGCUGCAAAACGGUUAAAAGAAGCUCAAGCUUUAGAAUCUUCUAGAAAAAGGGAUCAAGAUAUUUUAGCACUUGCUUCCUCUUCAACCUCAACUAGGAUGCAAUUACAAGGUUACCCUUUAAUGCACCACACGCAAUUUCAACACUCACAGCCAUUUUUAACACUACAGAACCAAGAUUUAUCUCAUUCUCAUUAUAACCACGAGUUUCAUCAGAGUUAUAUACAAACUCAGCUUCAGUUAAACCAACAGCACCAAAGGGGAUUUUAUAAUUAUAAUGGUAAUUACAUUCAGAAUCAACCGGGUUUGAUGAACAUGAUGGAGAAUAGUAAUGGUGGUGGAGGGUAUUUGGGGAAUAAUAAUAAUAGUAAUAGUAAUGAGAAUGAGCUUGGAAUGUUGGGAUUGAAUUGUUCGAGUAAUAACAAUGUUGUAGGAACAGGGGAGGAGGUUGAUUAUGACAUGGCUUCCGGAGGUUAUGGAGGUUGGUCGGCGCCGGAUUCAAAUGCCGGUGGCGGUGUUUUUACAACGUGGAAUGAUUUGACUAAUUAACUUGUCUUCAACACAGGGGAAUCGAGCUAACCACUGUGGUGCAACAAUAGUUGCCAUACAAUUUAAUUUCUUGUUUUCUUUAAUAUAAUUUCUGUUAUAUUUAUCAAAAGUGAAUUUAAAAAGAAAAGGAAUUAGGAGUUGACUGCUUUUAUUUUCUAUAGAAUGUUGUCUACUAAUCAUAAGGAUCUAUUUGUGUACUUAGCUCAUUCUUGAUUAUUAUUAUUAU